GGCCGUAUUCUUGCGCCCCAGCAGCCAAUGCGGCGCUCUACUCUUUAUAUGUCUAUGGUUUAUUUAGCUAAUUAUUAGCAACCACCAUUUUUAUAGAAGCUUCGGACAUUCACGUGUGUGAUAACUACUGACAUAUUUUAUGGUGUAGAACAAAAGAUGAAACAUGGCCGUCUCCUGGUUCGUCUGGGUUCUGUCGGCAGCCGUCCUUGUCUCUGUGGUGCUGCUGGCGCUGGUGUGUCUGCACUGCAGGAACAGAGGGCCUCUGGUCUCCAUCAGGCAAGCGAAUGUUUCAGAGGAAUACAUGCCAUCCACUGAAUUCAGAGUCAUCCAUCCCUUUGCAGCCCAGCAGAAUUCUGAUGUGAACUCCAUCCACUUGCUGUCCCCUUUCCUCCCCUUAUCUGACCCUGGAACACAGCGCAGACAGAGAUCCUACACCCCAACGGAAACUGAAAGUAAUCCAAGUUAUGAGAAUCCAACAGACGGUCCGGACUACAUCAACACUGAGAGCGAUGCAGAAGACCCCGGAUACAUAAUCGUGUUGCCUGAAGGUGAAACCCCUGUGACCAAUCAGAGUCGAGCCUCCACGCCUAGUUCAGAUGUUCUACAUGACUAUGAAAAUGUCCCAACAAAGAAGGAGGAAAAAGACUAUCUGAACGUGGAGCUGCUGCAGUAUCAGAGAUCAACACCAGAUCUGUCAGUUCGGAGUGACAGCACCACGGAUGGAGACGAUAACGACAAUGUUGGUAAAGAAGAUGAUGAUGGAGACGAUGACGAAACUGAUAGUGAUGAUGAUGAAGGAAACUACGUCAACGUGCAUGAAGUGACACUGACUGAUUAAAUUACUAUAGUGAGCGCCAUCUACACUUUUUUCCUCCUCCUUGAAGUCAUGAUGGCUUUUUUAGGUUGGAUUUCAAACUGAGGAAAGAAACUGAAAAAGAGGAUAUUGCUAACGCACCAAACCAGAAGUUUGUCCAGCAGCAGAACGCUGCAUCUGAACUGCAUUAGUAGAAUUUAAAAAGCCAUAAUAAAUCCAAAAUCUUACCGACAGAAAGCUGAUUUCCACUGUUGGACAUAGAGCGUAUAUUGGUCACCUUUUGAUCAAAACAAAACUAGACAAUUAAAGGCGUUGCUUUGUGAGAUGAUGAUGGGAAUUGUCAUCAUGUUAUAGAAUACAUAUAUCAAUCUAGGGCACCAACUCAAAAGUUAGCUUGUUUUGCAAUUUAUGAAAUGAUCUCAUCUCUGCUGAGUACAGACAACGAUGUACAAGUAUGGAUGAUAUAAAUUCUGACAUAAAACAAAGGGAGUCCACAGGGUUCAGUACUUGGACCACUUUUUUUCUUAUGUAUACUUGGAAAUGAUAAUACUUUUAAUUAUUGAUUAACCUGAGGCCUGUACUACGAAGCUGGUUCAACCUAACCUGGAUAUGUUUGAGUUAGCCGGUUGGCCUAAUCCAAAACAUACGUGCUCUCGCUAAACUGUACUACGACGCGAGUUAUCAAGUGGAUCGCUCAAGCCAGCCGUGCCCUAUCGAGUUAGGUGCGCGUUCACAUGCAAGGGGUGGUAU